AUGUGUGCAUCCGAUUUCCAAAAGAAGGCCGGUCUGGCCCAAAUGCUAAAACAGGGCGUUAUCAUGGACGUCACAACCGUCGAGGAAGCCUUAAUUGCCGAGGAAGCAGGCGCUGUUGCGGUGAUGGCUCUCGAAAGAGUGCCUUCCGAUAUCAGGAAAGAAGGUGGUGUUGCUCGUAUGUCUGACCCUCAUAUGAUCAGGUCCAUCAUGGAUGCUGUGUCGAUUCCGGUCAUGGCCAAAGUCAGAAUUGGACACACGGUGGAGGCAGAGAUGUUGGAAGCUCUGGGCGUCGAUUUCAUUGACGAGUCGGAAGUCCUCACCGUCGCGGACAGAAAGUACCACGUGGACAAAGACGACUUCAAAGUGCCUUUCGUUUGCGGAGCAAAAGACCUCGGCGAAGCUCUUAGACGCAUUGUAGAGGGAGCGGCCAUGAUCAGGACCAAAGGUGAGGCCGGAACAGGCGAUGUCAGCGAGGCCAUCCACCACAUUCGCAAGAUCAGAAGCGAAAUAGACGAUGUGAUGGCCAAUUGCUCCGUUCUGCUAGAAAAUCCCAACGACAAGUCCGGUCUUCAGCAUUUGAAGGGGUUUUCGGAAAAGUUCAGAGUGAGUGAGGACACUAUUCUGGAGCUGGUCAGAAACGCGGGCAAGUUACCCGUCGUGAACUUUGCCGCGGGCGGGAUCGCAACGCCCGCCGAUGCUGCUUUGUGCAUGCGUCUGGGCUGCGAUGGAGUGUUUGUUGGAUCUGGAAUUUUCAAGAGCUCCAACCCUGCCAAGCUGGCUAAGGCAAUUGUCGAGGCGGUGCACUGGUACCUUGAGCCGGAGCAGAUUCUCAAAGCGAGCUUCGAUCUCGGCGAGCCGAUGCGUGGCAUCCAAGUGAGCGGCCUGAAAGAGGAGGAAAAACUGUCUGUGAGAGGCUGGUAG